AUGGCUCGGCCUCUGGAGCCAAACCGACGCCGAUCCCUUUCCGAUCCACUGGCUGCUGCGCUCAUGCCCCCUCCAAACGAGAGCACUGCAGAUCGAGAAAGGAGAUUGGCAGCAGAGUCGGAGGCCAAACGAGUAAGCGAUGGAAUUGAUGAAAUGCUCCGUGCAGAGAAGAAAGAGAAGAAGGCCAAACCUGAAAUUAAGGUCUUACUUCUGGGACAGAGCGAGAGUGGGAAGAGUACAACUCUGAAACAAUUUCAAUUGAUGCAUGCGACCGCCGCCUUUCAUGCUGACCGAAUCGCAUGGAGAGCUGUAAUAUAUCUUAAUCUCGUGCGGUCCGUUCGCCGCAUCCUUGACGCUGUCUCCCCUGACUCAGACCAACUAGACGAAGCAGACGAUCAGGAGACUAGAUCUGGUUCCGCAGUCCCCUCGAUUCGUGAGACUCCCGUGGUUUCUAAGACUAGGGUGACCAGGUACCCCCAAUAUCGCCAUGCACUAGAACCUCUGAGGGAGCUGGAGGAACGAUUGAUCCGAAUGUUGUCAUCUCCAGAUGAAGAUGAGGCUACCCACACUACCCCUCCGAAGCCUGAUUGGAGUCUCUAUGCAAACAGUAACUUCAAUACUCAAAUUCAUGUUGGCAAGAACGGCCGACCAGCGCCUUUUAUCACGAUACCCCCCUCACGCACAUCAUCACCGCUUUCUCCUCUGUCACCGUCGACGAGCCUGCCUUCGCCUGGUGGGUCAAGCAACAGCUCGUCUAAAUCUAAGAAUGCAGAAGUCAGCGUUCAUCAUACCUCGAACUGGAAAAAGGCCUUCUCUCUCGGCAAUAGGAUCAAGAGUCCUAAGAGCGCGCACACAAACGAGAUCGAGGGCUGGUGGGACGACCCAAGCGAUCCCGUCCAUGUGCUCAAUUCAUGCGCUCAGCCAAUGCUGGCAUUAUGGAAAGACCCCAGCGUCAAACAACGCUUGCGGGAGAAACAAAUCAGAUUAGAAGAGAGCAGUGGUUUCUUUUUGGACGAGAUAUCCCGUAUCACAGCUCUACGGUAUUUCCCCAGCGACCAGGACGUCUUGAAAGCCCGGCUUAAGACCAUGGGCGUCGUCGAGCACUCUUUCUCAAUCGCUGAUACCCAACGCCGGUUUAUACAAUGGAAGAUUUACGAUGUAGGAGGUGCCCAGAAUCAACGGCAUGCCUGGGCGCCAUACUUUGAGGAUGUCAAUGCGAUUAUUUUUCUGGCGCCUAUCUCGGCUUUUGAUCAGGUAUUGGUAGAGGAUCCAAGGAUGAACAGACUAGAGGACUCUUUGCUGCUAUGGAAAUCUGUCGUGUCAAACAAAUUACUUUCACACGUCAGCAUCAUUCUUUUCCUGAACAAGGUCGACCUAUUACAGGCAAAGCUCAAGAGCGGUGUUCGUCUCAGCCAUCAUAUGCCGCGCUAUGGCGACAGACCAAAUGAUUACGAGAAUGUAUCUACAUACUUUUAUAACAAGUUUGGAGGCAUUCAUCGUAGAUUCUCGUCGAACAAAGAGAGAGAAUUCAAAAUUCAUCUCACAUCAGUUACUGAUACUAUACGGACAGCCAUGAUCAUACAGAAUGUACGAGAUAUCAUCAUUACCGCAAACUUGAAAAACAUUCAUUUGAUGUAA